AAAAUAUUAAAUAAUAUUAGUAUUAUGUAGAUGAGAGAUUCUUCAUUCUUGAAAUAGUUGAACCUGAUAAGGGUUUUUUUUUCUUUUGAUCAAAUAAGGGUUUUCUUAUAUAAUAGAUCACUUGGUUGGUCUUAGUGUUGAAACUAGACUGGCUUGACUUUUACUAAAUACAAUAAAACAAACUUGAAGCAAUAUCUAACUUGUUUCAGCCGGCACUAUUGGCUCUUACUUUUCCACAUAGAGACUCAGACAAUUCAGCCAGCCAAGUGGACCUGCAGCCGACAAUAUAAUUAAAUCAAUUAUUUUAAAAUAAAAUAAAUAAUAAGGAGGCUAAGCCUGAGCUAUAAAAGAAGGAUAAACCAAGAUCCAUCAAAAUCAUUACGAUCUUCAACAUUACAAGAAAACACACAUACACACAGACUUCUUUGAUUUCCUCGCCUCUGAUCAGUGUGAUCACCAAGUUACAUUCAAGGACAAAAAAGAAUGGGAAUCCUUAUUGAAGAAACCUUAAGCGCCAACUCCAAAUCCCAAACUGUUAUUGAUGAUGAUAAUGAGUUGGGUUUGAUGGCCGUGAGACUAGCCAAUGCCGCAGCCUUUCCAAUGGUUCUCAAAGCUGCUCUUGAGCUCGGUGUCUUUGACACUCUUUACGCCGAAGCAGCUCGCACCAACUCGUUCCUCUCACCAUCUGAGAUAGCGAGUAGGCUACCAACUACACCACGUAACCCUGAGGCCCCUGUUUUGUUGGACCGGAUGCUUCGUCUACUUGCUAGCUACUCCAUGGUCAAAUGCGGUAAGGUCUCAUCCGGGAAGGAAGAGAGGGUCUACAGAGCCGAGCCAAUUUGCAGGUUCUUCUUGAAAGAUAACAUUCAAGAUAUUGGAUCCCUUGCUUCUCAAGUCAUUGUGAAUUUCGACAGUGUCUUCCUCAACACUUGGGCACAAUUAAAAGAUGUGGUGCUAGAAGGAGGAGAUGCAUUUGGCCGUGCACAUGGUGGCAUGAAACUCUUCGACUAUAUGGGAACAGAUGAGAGAUUUAGCAAGCUCUUUAACCAAACCGGAUUUACAAUUGCGGUUGUGAAGAAGGCUCUUGAAGUUUACCAAGGCUUCAAAGAUGUGAAUGUGUUGGUUGAUGUUGGAGGUGGGGUUGGUAACACCCUUGGUGUUGUUACUUCUAAGUAUCCAAAUAUUAAGGGUAUCAACUUUGAUCUGACUUGUGCCUUGGCACAAGCACCUUCUUACCCUGGGGUGGAACAUGUCCCUGGAGAUAUGUUCGUGGAUGUUCCAAAAGGAGAUGCCAUGAUCUUGAAACGUAUACUUCAUGAUUGGACCGACGAAGAUUGCAUUAAGAUUCUUAAGAAUUGCUGGAAAUCACUACCGGAGAACGGUAAAGUUGUUGUCAUAGAACUAGUCACUCCUGAUGACGCUGAGAAUGGAGAUAUCAAUGCGAACAUUGCCUUUGAUAUGGACAUGUUGAUGUUCACACAAUGUUCCGGGGGAAAAGAGAGAUCACGAGCUGAGUUUGAAGCUUUAGCCAUGGAAGCAGGCUUUACUCAUUGCAAGUUCGUUUGUCAAGCUUACCACUGCUGGAUUAUUGAGUUUUGCAAAUAAAAUGUGUUGUAUAUAAUACUAAAUCUUCAACAGUUUGUCGAUUUCAUCUUUGUUUCAGUUCCUUGUUUGAGUGUGACUUUGCCAUUGACUCCAAAGCAAUGAAAUAAAAAAACAUCUUUGUUUCAGCACUUUGCUACAAGAGUCUUAUAUUUUGAAGAAAGUUGUGUUUUAAUUA